AUGCAGAUGUACAAGGAAGACUACUACACCACGGAAGAGGAAUUCCUCUACAAAGACGAAUUCAGCUACAGCAAUGGCUCCAUGCACAUGAUGAAGCCUCCUGUUGAGCAUUGCGUGCCAAAGAUCGACUACAAUGAUUCCUACACAAGUGGCAACCACCUCGAAAAGAAGGGCCACAUGGCGAUGUCGUCAGAGAUGAAGCAUGAAGGCUGGGGCGGCGCCAAGAGUGACCAUUAUGGCCAAGGUGGCAAGAUGCACCACGAGGGUGAUCAAGGGCAUUUUGGUCAUCACAAGGAGGGGAUGGGGAUGAAGCAACACGGUGGUGGAUAUGGGGGUGGUCAGGGGCGUUAUGGUCAUCACGGAGAAGGGGUGGAGCAUGGUGGUGGAUACGGAGGCAAUCAUGGGCACUUUGGUAUUCACAAGGAGGAGAAGCAGGGUGGUGGUUAUGGGGGUCAUCAAGGGUAUUUUGGUCAUGAAAAGGAGGGGAUGGGGAUGAAGCAAUAUGGUGGUGGUGGAUAUGGGGGCGGUCAGGGUCAUUAUGGUCAUUCCAAAGAGGGGAUGAAGCAUGGCGGUGGAUACGAGGGUCAUCAGGGGUAUUUUGGUCAUCAAGGAGGAGGGGUGAAGCAUGGUGGAUAUGGGGCCCACCAGGGGCAAUAUUGUCCACCUAAUCAGAAGUUUUCAGUCUGGGAAUUCAAGAGCAUUGUAGACUGA